UAAAUAACAAAGUAAACAUUAAUGCUAGCUAGCGCCUACCAAACACUUAUCUCUAUUUUACGUAAUUGAAAUUAGUGUGCAAGUCGCGUUCGUCGAAACCAACCCAUUGAAACAAUCAGAGAAACGAAAUUAUGAUUUUAAACAUCAAACUUCAAACCAAAUUGAAGCAAUAUGGUGCAGCCGUCUGUGUGGGAAGUGUCCUUAUAGGAAUGUCGUUCACGUGGUCGUCCCCCGUGAUUGCCCAGUUGGAGCAUGGUAAUGGUUCUUUCAACAUAACAACUGAAGAAGCUUCAUGGAUAGGGUCGUGCAUGGCUUUCGGUGCAGCAGUUUCUGCAGUCCCGUUGGGGUAUCUGGCCGAUCGAUUUGGUCGAAAAAAGUGCACACUUGUUCUAACAAUUCCGGUUGUCCUUUUUACAGCGCUUGCAUACAUCGGAAGCAACGUUUAUUACAUUUACAUCGGCAGAGUGUUUUCCGGACUUGGAACUGGUGGUAUGUCAGCUAUAGCACCCCGGUACAUGUCCGAGAUAGCCGAUGUCAAAGUACGAGCGUCAUUGAACAGUUUGUUUCAAGCCCUUAUUUACUGUGGCAGUUUGUACAAUGCGGUUUUGGGAAAGUAUUUGGACUACAGAACGUUCACAAUUGUGUCCAACGGAGUGGGUCUAGUACUGGUGAUGGGUUUCCUGUUCUUUCCGGAAAGUCCGACGUUUUUAAUGAUGAAGAAUGACACAGCUGGAGCGGAGAAAGCCUUGAGGUUUUUUAGACACAACCAAGACAAUGUCAAACAAGAAUUGGAUGAGAUAUUGAGAAACACUGAGACCAGGAAAAAGACCAAAACCAGCUUUUGGGUGGUAUGCAAGUCCAAAGCUGCCACAAGGAGUCUUGUUGCGACUUUAGGCAUAAUAAUUUUCCAAGUUCUGAGUGGUGUCGACGUUUUGCUCUACUACGCGGUUUCCAUCUUCGAAAUGACCGGUUCCAAUUUCGACCCGUUUACCUGCUCCAUUAUACUGUCUUCAACGCAAAUACUAUCGACCCUUUUGGCAGUUAAUAUUAUAGAAAGGUUUAAUAGGAAAACAUUCCUUUACAUAUCUACUGUUGGGGUUUGCAUGUCGCUGAUAUUGUUGGGAAUAUUUUUUCAGUUGAAACAACUAGGUUUCGAUUCAUCUGUGCUCAAUAUCGUACCAAUGGUAUCAACGAUAUUGUUCUUUGUAUUUUAUCUUAUCGGUCUCGGACCAAUACCGUGGCUGAUGCCAGGUGAAUUGUAUCCAGUCGAAAUCAAAGGACCGGCGAGUGGUUUAACGAUAACUGUUUGCUGGGCUAUGGUUUUUGCCGUAACAAAAACGUUCCUUCUAACUGUAGAAGCUUACCCACCUCAAUACACCUUCUAUUUUUAUAGUUUUUUUAUGAUAUUGUGCCUAGUGUUUACUAGAUAUUUUAUGCCCGAAACAAAAGGGAAAACCCUGCAAGAAAUCCAAGAUGAAUUAAGUCGAUAAACCCCCAAAUGAUCUGCCUUUUUUCAAUCUUUAUAAUUUUAUCAAGAUCAUCAGUACUAUUAGAAAGGGUAGGACAAGUCGAUAAGAAAUAGGCGAAAUAGAGAUGUCAGACAGGAAUUGCAGCGAAUACUAAUAGAGAAAAGGGAAUAACAUUACACCAAUUAAUGUGUAACAGAAACAGAUGCAGACAUAAAGUCGUCAAACUGGUCGAGCACGCACUUCCACUCUUUCCUAUCCUGAGCUAAUCUUCGCAAACUAGGGCAACCCAUAUCCUUAACUAUUUGCA